AUGACAAACAAUAUAUUCGUAAACUCUAUAAGGGUGGUUGGUGAAAGAGAAAGUGAAUAUUCUGAAAGAGACAGUGUUAUUGAUUUUUACGGGGAGGUUGUAGUACAAGCUUCUAACGAAGAAAAAAUAGUCACUAUAGAAUAUACUACGGAUUCUUGGGCUAGAAUUAAUAACGUUACUGCAAUACGAUUACAUACUCUUUCCAGCAAGCAAGACAUAUAUUAUUUUGAAAUUUCAGUUUUUAAAAAGUCUGACAUACCUAUAUAUCUGGAAUUUCGUGCUCGAUAUGAAUUCGCUACCCAUAUCUUUUGGACUGAUGAUUAUGAAUUUUUAUAUGAUGAGGGCACUCCUACGGAAAAAUUCUUUUCCAAUAAUACUAUAAUUGAAGAUUUUACAUCUCAGCAUAAUUCAGCAGAAGAAGGACUUGGACAAUUGGAAGAAGAUCGCAAGUAUCUGGUGGAAGAAUCUAGACAAAGACAACAAGAGGAAGAACUUAUGCGUAGAAAACAAGAGGAAGAAUAUGAACAUAGACAACAAGAAGAAGAACGUAAACAGAGACAACAAGAGGAAGAAUAUGAGCGAAGGCAAGAAGAAGAACGUAAACAGAGACAAGAGGCAGCAGAACGCAGAAAGUUAGAAGAAGAACGUAGACGUAGACAACAAGAAGAAGGACGCAGAAAGCUAGAGGAAGAACAUUUACGUAAACAACAAGAGGAAGAACGUAAACGUAGACAACAAGAGGAAGAACGUAAACGUAGGCAACAAGAGGAAGAACGUAAACGUAGGCAACAAGAGGAAGAACGUAAACGUAGACAACAAGAGGAAGAACGCAGAAGACUAGAAGAAGAUCAUUUACGUAGGCAACAAGAGGAAGAACGUAAGCGUAGACUACAAGAGGAAGAACGCAGAAAGUUAGAGGAUGAACGUAAUCGUAGACGACAAGAAGAAGAACGUAAAAGGCUAGAGGAAGAACGUAGAUUGCUAGAUGAAGAACGCAAAAAACUGGAGGAAGAACGUAAACAUAGACAACAAGAAGAAGAACGUUUACGCAGACAACAAGAAGAAGAACGCAAAAGGCAAGAAGAAGAACGCAAAAGGUUAGAAGAAGAACGCAAAAGGCUAGAGGAAGAGCGCAAAAAGUUAGAGGAAGAACGCAGGUCGCUAGAAGAAGAGCGUAGAUUAUUGGAAGAAAGACGCAAUCAACAGGAUAAUAGAAAUAGAAACUUUUCUCAAGAGAAUUCAAUAAACCAAAAAAAUAUGGCACAAAUUCUUACCUUUAAUUGGUGCUUAAAUCCAAAUAUUGGAUCAGGACAGGUCCACCUUCAAGGAG